AUGAUUAAAAAUUGGAGGCCCUUCUUGGCCUCCUCUCUGGCCGGCAACGUCUGUAACUGUAAUUGGGAUUUGGUGAUGGCCAUGGAAGGCCAAUAAUCUGUUGCUGGCAGGCGGCAAUUCCUGUUUGUAUUGUGUUGAGAUGGUGGUGGGUCAUGGAAGUAGCCGAGCGUUAGAGGAUCGGUCCGUUAAGAAGGAGGUAGCCGACCACCCUCGUGCUUCUACGGCUGCCGGAAAAGCCGUUACUCCUCCGAGGCACGGUAAAAAUACGGAUGACGAUGAUGACUUGACCCUGGCCAAUUGGUCAAAGUCUCCCAAACGAGUCCCUCCUUCAACCACGCACAAACGGAACAAGAUGGUGCAGAAUCAACACAGGCUUCAGAAAAAACAUUUGGUUUCUAUACCUAAUCAAGGCUUAUCCGAUCAGGCACAAAAGCUUGCAAGCUCCACUAAGGUGGCAACAGACAGGACAUUAUCAGCAGGAGAGGCCAGGUCGUCUGCUGUGUUUCGAGCGGAGAUGAUCCAAUCAAACUUAGAUCCGAGGGUCCCUAGCUUUGUGAAGUCAUUGGUCAGAUCACAUGUUGCUGGUUGUUUUUGGAUGGGGCUCCCUGCGUUUUUCUGUAAAAAACACUUACCGGAUAGUGACACUACCAUUACUUUGGAAGAUGAAUCUGAUAAAGAAUACCAGUUGAAAUACAUUGCUUGCAAGACAGGUUUAGGCUCUGGUUGGAGGCAGUUUUCUGCAGUCCACAAAUUGCAGGAGGGAGAUGUUUUGGUUUUUCAGUUAGUUGAGCCUUCUAAAUUUAAGAUUGUAAAGCAAGAAGGAUGGCAUGUAUGA